AUGUCCGAACACGUUGAUAACAGCUGGUCUAGAAAGGCUAAAGAUAUCACUGCUGGGUUUACAGGUGGUGCUGUUCAAGUGUUGAUCGGGCAACCGUUUGAUCUUGUCAAAGUUAGGUUACAGACUGGUCAAUUUGAUUCUCCGAUAAAAGCAAUAACAUCAACUUUGAAAAAUGAAGGUCCUAGAGCUUUCUAUAAAGGUACACUACCACCAUUGAUUGGUGUUGGUGCUUGCGUUUCAGUUCAAUUUUAUGCAUUCCAUGAAGCAAGACGUCAAUUGUUGAAGAGAUAUGGGGAACCUGGGCAGAAAGAUCUAACAUUAAAACAAUUCUAUCUAGCAGGUGCAUUUGCAGGUGUUGUGAACACUCCCAUAACAGCACCAGUAGAACAAUUAAGAAUCAUUUUACAAACUCAACCAUCAGGUGAAAAGCAAAUUUACAAAGGACCUAAAGAUGCCUUGCGCAAGAUUUAUAACAAUCAUGGACUUAAAGGUAUAUUCAGAGGGUCCACAAUAACUUUGGCGAGAGAAGCUCAAGCUUACGGUGUCUGGUUUUUGACUUAUGAAUUCUUGAUUCAAAAUGCUUUAACUUCAAGAGAUGGCUUACAAAGAAAAGAUAUAUCAACUCCAGAGUUGCUACUAUAUGGUGCAUUAGCUGGUGAUGCAUUAUGGAUUUCUUCAUACCCAUUAGACGUCAUAAAGAGUAGGUUGCAAAGUGAUGGUUUUGGUAAAGAUGCUAAGUUCAAAAAUUCAAUAGAUGUUGCAUCUCAGAUAUGGAAAACCCAGGGCUUUUUAGGAUUCUGGAGAGGUAUAGGUCCUGCCUUAGUGAGAGCCAUUCCAUGCAGUGCUGGUACAUUUGCUACAGUAGAACUCACGCUAAGACUAUUGGGAUAA